CCACUGGUUUGGGUCUGGGUUUGGGGUCUUCAUUUUCACCUGAAGGUUGCAUGGAAUCCCGUCUGUGUUUCCGCCUCUGUUUCUUUGAGUUUUCCUUAAUAUUCUUACCAUUAUAUCCAAACAGCUCUAACCUAUCCUGCUCCCUUUUUCUCAUUUCUUGCUUUUUAUUACUGUUCCUUAUUACCUGUCUGAUACUGCAUCUUUCACAGUUGGCAAUUUAUUGAAGCUUCAUGUUGUUUCAGUGACCUCAGAGGCACAGCAAUGCAAAUGUCUUAAAAGCCACUGCUAAUCACAAAUGUACCGCCUCUAAAUGUACUGACAGUACUUGCUGCUUUUUAUUUAUUUAUUUAUUUUUUGUCAUUAGGGCUUUUGAAUAAAUAUCUAAACUUGAAAAGUUGUCUCCCACCCACACCAGGAGCCUGCAGCCCUGCAGACAGUUCAGUCAGUGUGUGGGGCAACAGUGAGUUAUAAGUACAGAGUUAUAAAGUGCAGCCUCUGGCUCUAACAGGCCGUGACUGCACAGAAAAGUAUGAAAGAGAAAUGUAGCACAGGGGGGAAUUUAACAAAAGAAGGAUGAAUACGUAAUAAUGAAGUGGAAUCUCCUCUUCUGUCUGAAAAGCACAUCAAAGGAGAGGCAUAAUCUCAGGAGGCAGUUCUUUGUCAUCUGACGUACCUCCCCUCAGACUCUCAAUCCCUCUCCUCCCGUCCCUCAUCAGGAGAUGGAUGAUGGUCAGCGUGCAGGAAUAGGAGGGGGUGGAUAAUACCUUCUGCAUACAUGAUGAGUGCAGUCACUAUGGCUUAAACUGACUGGGGGGGGGAGUGAAACAGAGAGCGUGCAUGUGAGUGACACAGAGCACCAGCAUCCUCCCAAAGCCAGCAGCAGCUCUCAGUCUGUCUGAGCUCCUGUUGCUGAGAGAAAGAAAUCAGAACAGACAAGUAAAGAAGCAUCCAAAACACAGUUUUUUUCUAUUUUUUUUAAUAAUCUGAUUUUACAGCAGCAGGGAAAAAUACUUCCUGAGAGACGCAAAACUAUCUCCGACCCACUCUGAGUUUUUUUUUUUCCUCAUCUCAGCUCACACACUGCCUGUUGAGGAGAGGUGAUGCUGAACAGCAUGACUGACUGUGAGGAGGGAGAAGGGGGACCCAACAGCCAGGGCGAUGGAAACCCCAAAGAGAGUUGCCCUUUCAUCAACAGCACUGCAGUCACUGAUGUGGAAAAGAGUCAACAGUACGAGAACAAGAGCAUGGCUCUGUUCGAGGAGGAGAUCGAUACGAGUCCAAUGGUUUCCUCUCUGCUCAGCACCCUGGCCAACUACUCGAACCUGCCCACUGGAAGCAAAGAGCACGAGGAGGCUGAGAAUAAUGAGGAGGGAGCGCGCCCCUCUAAAAAACCUGUCAAGGCACCUCAACUGGGUACGCUGAUGGGCGUGUACUUGCCGUGUAUCCAGAAUAUUUUUGGGGUGAUCCUCUUCCUGCGGAUGACCUGGAUGGUUGGGAUCGGAGGCGUCUUCGGCUCCUUCAUCAUCGUCUUCAUGUGUUGCUCUACGACCAUGCUCACAGCCAUCUCCAUGAGUGCCAUUGCGACUAAUGGAGUCGUUCCAGCUGGAGGUUCCUAUUACAUGAUCUCUCGCUCCCUGGGGCCCGAGUUCGGUGGAGCCGUGGGGAUCUGCUUCUACCUGGGAACCACUUUUGCUGGAGCCAUGUACAUCCUGGGUUGUAUUGAAAUUCUACUAAUCUAUAUCAUCCCACAGGCGGCCAUCUUUAAAAUUGAAGGCCUGGAGGGCCCAGAGGCGGAGAUUGCACUGCUCAACAACAUGCGCGUUUACGGCACGAUUGUUUUGAGCUUCAUGUCACUGGUUGUGUUCGUCGGGGUCAAAUAUGUCAACAAGUUGGCGCUGGUUUUUCUGGCCUGCGUUAUCCUCUCCAUCCUGGCUGUUUACGCUGGGAUCAUUAAAACCGCCAUGGAACCUCCUGUCUUUCCCGUCUGUCUCCUCGGCAAUCGUACCCUUGUAUCUAAAGCGUAUGACGUCUGUGCAAAGGUCGUUGAAAUAGAUAAUGAGACCAUCACCACCAGAUUGUGGAGGUCCUUUUGUGAUUCUGACUCCCUCAAUGCUACGUGUGAUGAGUACUUCACCAACAACAACGUCACAGAGAUUCAAGGCAUCCCAGGGGUGACCAGUGGGAUCCUGGCAGAAAACCUGUUUGGUAACUAUCUGAAAAAGGGGAUGACCGUGGAGAAGCGCGGCCUGGCAUCCAAUGUUGAUCCUGACAGUACCCCAUCGAACACAAACCGCUACGUCCUGGCUGAUAUCACCAGCUUCUUCACCCUGCUGGUUGGGAUUUACUUCCCGUCUGUCACAGGUAUCAUGGCUGGCUCUAACCGCUCUGGCGACCUGCGAGAUGCUCAGAAGUCCAUUCCCAUUGGCACCAUUGCAGCCAUCACUACAACGUCCACUGUGUACAUGUCAUGUGUGGUGCUGUUUGGUGCUUGUAUAGAAGGAGUGGUGCUGCGAGACAAGUUUGGUGAGGGGGUUAAUGGUAACCUGGUGAUUGGUACUUUGGCGUGGCCGUCUCCGUGGGUCAUUGUAUUUGGCUCCUUCUUCUCCACCUGCGGCGCAGGACUUCAGAGUCUGACAGGAGCUCCACGGCUACUUCAGGCCAUCUCCAGAGACGGCAUCAUCCCCUUUCUUCGAGUUUUUGGACACGGUAAAGCCAACGGGGAGCCCACCUGGGCUCUCCUGCUCACAGCGAGCAUCUGUGAGAUUGGCAUCAUCAUCGCCUCCUUGGAUUCAGUCGCCCCCAUCCUCUCCAUGUUUUUCCUGAUGUGCUACAUGUUUGUUAACCUUGCCUGCGCGCUGCAGACUCUGCUGAGGACGCCAAACUGGAGGCCGCGCUUUAAGUUUUAUCACUGGGCUCUGUCUUUCCUGGGCAUGAGCCUGUGUCUGUCGCUCAUGUUCAUCUGUUCCUGGUAUUACGCCAUCGUCGCCAUGGGCAUCGCCACCUGCAUCUACAAAUAUAUCGAGUUCUGUGGAGCUGAGAAAGAGUGGGGCGAUGGCAUACGAGGCCUUUCGCUCAGCGCUGCACGAUUUGCUCUGAUGAGGCUGGAGGAGGGACCGCCACACACCAAGAACUGGAGGCCUCAGAUCCUGGUUCUGGUGAGCGUGGAUGCUGAGCAGAAGGUGGAGCAGCCCCGUCUGCUCUCCCUGACCAGUCAGCUGAAAGCAGGCAAGGGUCUCACCAUUGUUGGUACCUCUGUUCAGGGAUCCUUCCUCAGCAAUUACACUGAAGCCCAGAUGGCAGAUCAGUCUUUGCGGAAGCUGAUGGAGACAGAGAAGGUAAAAGGUUUCUCUCAGGUGGUCCUCUCCUCCAACCUGAGAGACGGGACGUCCCACCUGGUCCAAACUGGAGGACUUGGCGGUCUAAAGCACAACACCGUAAUGGUCAGCUGGCCCCACAACUGGAAACAGCCUGAGUGCUACCAGCAUUUUAGGAACUUUAUUGAGGUGGUGAGAGAAACUACUAUAGCCAGUUUGGCCUUAUUGGUCCCCAAGAACAUUUCCAGUUAUCCAUCCAACGGAGAGCGCUUCACUGAAGGCCAUAUAGACGUGUGGUGGAUCGUCCACGAUGGAGGCAUGUUGAUGCUGCUGCCUUUCCUUCUGCGUCAGCAUAAGGUGUGGAGGAAGUGCAAGAUGCGCAUUUUCACCGUCGCACAAAUGGACGACAACAGCAUCCAGAUGAAGAAAGACCUCAUCACCUUCCUGUAUCACCUGCGCAUCGAUGCCGCUGUGGAGGUGGUGGAGAUGCACGACAGCGACAUCUCGGCUUACACCUACGAGAAGACGCUGAUCAUGGAGCAACGAUCGCAGAUCCUCAAGCAGAUGCACCUGACUAAGAAUGAGAUGGAGCGAGAGAUCCAGAGUAUUACAGAUUCAUCCCGUGGGUCCAUCCGUCGUAAAAAUCCGCACACUUUGCGCCCCCAGCACAGCGCAGAGGGAGGCAGCCUUGUAGAGAAAACAGACGAUAGGUCUGAGGCUGUCUCCGACCCAAAACAGGUCCAGCUGAUCCACAACAGGAACGCCUCCAAGCCCACGGGAUCACCUGCUGCCACCUCUGCAGGAGGCGCCGCCACCUGGACAGAUGGCAAAAGCACGGAGAAGGGGAAAAUCCUUUCAGCGAGGACGCCAGAGGGAGGAAGAGACCAUCUUAGCAUGAAGCCUGAAUGGGAGAACUUAAGCCAGGUCGAUGUGAGGCGCAUGCACACAGCAAUGCGGCUCAAUGAGGUCAUCACCAAGAAAUCCAAGGAGGCCAAACUCAUCUUGCUCAACAUGCCGGGACCACCGAAGAACAGAACCAACCAGACUAAUCCAAUGCACAACACUGUGUACCAGGACUACCCCUUCUUUGCAGACAUACAGGUCAUGAUUUUCCUCGGCUUUGGGUGCCUGCUGGCGUUUUUCCGGCUCUAUGGUUUUGGGGGUAUGGUUUUCAACUUUCUGACAGCAACUUUCGCCAUCCAGUGGGCCAUUCUUGUGCAGGGGUACUUCCAGUUCUACCAGGAUGGAAAGAUCCACCUUGGGGUGAUCAACCUCAUCAACGCUGAGUUUGCCUGUGCCGUGGUGCUCAUCUCCUUCGGGGCGGUGCUGGGGAAGACCAGCCCGUUGCAGCUGCUGGUCAUGGCCCUGCUGGAGGUGCCGGUGUUUGCGGUCACAGAGUGGGUCGUGCUGAAGUACCUGAGGAUCAACGAUGCAGGAGGGUCUAUCCUCAUCCAUCUCUUUGCCUGUUACUUUGGUUUGGGUGUCACCUUCGUGCUUUAUAGGUCUGGUCUAAGUGAAGGCCAUGCGAAGGAGAACACCAGCUACUACUCUGACAUCCUGUCCGUGAUGGGGACCUUGUUCCUCUGGGUGUUCUGGCCAUCGUUCAACUCGGCACUGACCCUGAAAGGAGACGACCAGCACAGGGCCAUCCUGCACACCUUCAUCGGCCUCAGCGCCUCCACACUCACUGCCUUCGCUCUCUCUGCGCUGCUCAACAAGAACGGUAAGCUCUCCAUGGCCGAUGUCCAGAACGUGACCCUGGCCGGAGGUGUGACGGUGGGAGCAUCUGUGGACAUGAUGAUAACGCCGGCAGCGGCGUAUGCUCUGGGUAUGUUGGGGUGCAUUGCCUGCAUGCUGGGCUACAAGUACCUGAGCCCAUUCUUGGCCCGGCACUGCAGGAUCCAGGAUCAGUGCGGGAUACAUAACUUGCACGGGCUCACGGGACUCAUUUCAUGUGCGGCAGGGAUAUGUGCCAUACUGAUGGCUGAUGAGGAGGUUUAUGGUCCCAGUAUGUAUGAGAUCUUCACCCAUAGAGCACCAGUGGAGGGGAAUCCAAAGCUGCAUGAGCUCCAAAUGUUGAUCCCAGGUUUACGGGCAGGUUUGGGGAGGACUGCACGGGAACAGGCCUUCUUCCAGGUAGCAGCCCUGUUCUCCACCAUAGGCCUGUCAGCGCUGGGAGGCAUCAUCACAGGUUAUGUGCUGAAGUUGCCUUACCUCGCAUCCCCUUCUGAUGAUUUUUGUUUUGACGACGUGCUCUUCUUUGAGGUUCCUCCAGACUAUGAUUCACCACUUCAUCUCUGUAACAGAACUGCUACAGAGGAGUCUGCUGCUUAAUGUGCUCCAUCCAACAAAUGUUUUCUGUCAAAACAAUGUCAAACAGUUAUUUUUACCAAAUACCAGUGAAUGUGCUGGCUGUGGAUUACCCUAAUGUUCACAUUCAUAACACUUAUGUUAUUAUGCAACAGUUUCAUCUAUAUUUCAUGCUCUGUAAAUAUGUUGGUGUCAUCCAGGACACAGUAAAAUAAAAAAUAAAAAAUG